GGGAACAGCUGUAGUGAUCUUGCAGGUUUUGAGUCCCAUCAUGGCUAUCACACAGUUUCGGUUAUUUAAAGUUUGUACCUGCUUAGCAACAUUAUUCUCAUUCCUGAAGAGAUUAAUAUGCAGAACUGGCAGAGGACGGAAAUUAAGUGGAGACCAAAUAACUUUGCCAACUACAGUUGAUUAUUCAUCAGUUCCAAAACAGACAGACAUUGAAGAGUGGACUUCCUGGGAUGAUGAUGCUCCCACAAGUAUAAAGAUUGAAGGAGGGAAUGGGAAUGUGGCAACACAACAAGAUGCUUUGGAACAACUGGAACCUGACUAUUUCAAGGACAUGACACCAACUAUAAGGAAAACUCAGAAAAUCAUUAUUAAGAAGAGAGAACCAUUAAAUUUUGGCGUCCCAGAUGGUAGCACAGGCUUCUCUAGUAGAUUAGCAGCUACGCAAGACAUGCCAUUUAUUCAUCAAUCACCUGAAUUAGGUGACUUGGAUACCUGGCAGGAAAAUACCAAUGCAUGGGAAGAAGGGGAAGAUGCAGCCUGGCAAGCAGAAGAAGUUCUGAGGCAGCAGAAGAUGGCAGAGAGAGAAAAGAGGGCAGCAGAACAGCAAAGAAAGAAAAUGGAAAAGGAGGUACAGCGGCUAAUGAAAAAGGAGCAAAACAAAAUUGGUGUGAAACUUUCAUAACAAAUGUUCUUCAUAUGUCAUAGUGCCACUGGAAGAAAUACAAAAUCCACAACCCAACCAACAUUUGUAUGGAUCUAAGCGUAUUUCCCGAAUACAAACACAGUUUGAUUUAAUGCAUUCAUCAGGCCAUUCAGGACACUAGGAUUCUGUCAAAGUACCUUGAACUUGUAAGCGAUUGAGACUCAAAAGAACAAAAAAGACUUAUGAGACUAUUUUCUUCAACAUGUUCCAUUAUAAGACAGUUGUUUGCUAUAUGCAAAUUAUUACAAAUGGAAUAUGCCAGUACCUCUUCAAGUUGGUGUUUCUAGCUGAAUAAAUAGGUGUAAAUAAUUUUGUGGUGGAAAGAACUUUGUCGUCCAUAAUGUUCAUUGUGCAUAAUGAUAAAAUAAAUAAUUUUAAAUAUUCA